ACCAAUUAAUAUGCAUAUAAGAUGGCUGUGCUUACACGCAAUACAUCGACAAAUACACCUAGGUCCCUAUGCGUAUAUAGGGCAGCCGUGCAUAGGGGCAAGAUAUAUAUAUUCUUUAAGAGUCGUUGUCGGGUUUCUGAGCCAACCUCUAGCGAAGAAUUCCGAUACUCAAUUAAUAUUCUAUGCCUAGCUCACCAUGGACACCGAUCAGCUAUGUCUUCCUAAAAGAUGUUCGGUUUGUGGUGCUAGAUCUAACGAUCUGUUUACUGCAUGGUCCAACCCUAAAUCUACGCCUUGUCCCUAUCUCUUAGACUGGAGAGUCGAUUGGGAUGAUUUUAUUCAUAACCCAAUUCCUAAUUUUGAUGUUGGCUGCGUGGUCUGCGCAACAGUUUUAUCUAUAUUGGUUGGGACAUAUAAGAAGCCCAACUACUCCUACCUUCGCCCCCAGAUCACUUCUACUACAAUAUCAAUGGGCGAAUGUGAAACGAUAAUUCUUGACAUAGAGGGCCAACAAAGUAUCCUAAUCAACCCGUUAAAAAAUUCACUGUCGAAUAGAGAAUACGGGUCAUGCUACAAUUUCCCUACUAGCAAAGGUCCGAUUGAAGCUCUAAACCUUGCAAGAAGAUGGCUGCAUUCAUGUAAGACGAGCCAUGAGGAAUGCGCACUCGCAUCAGAACCUUAUGUUCCAUCCAGACUGCUCGAUGUCACCUCCCGGAAUCCUAAACUACUAUUACGUUGCGAGAUACCAAACGAUUCGCCCUUUGUUGCCUUGAGCCAUUGCUGGGGCGAUUCUCAGCCUCUCAAAACAGUUAACAGCAACGUCGACUCGCACAGGAGAGGAAUAUCCCUCGAAGCUCUCCCGGCAACAUUUAAGGAUGCAGUUAAGAUUACGAAAAUACUAGGGUUACGGUUCCUCUGGAUAGAUAGCCUCUGUAUUGUACAAGACGACAAAUGGGACUGGGAACAGGAAUCAGCCCAGAUGGAGAAGAUUUACGGUAACGCCGACUUGGUAUUGGCCGCUUCUGCUGCAUCCUCCGCUCACGAUGGCUUCUUACGAGAUCGGCCCUGCACCUCCUUAGGUCGUGUUAGCGUCAGAGUAGACUCUAAAUCGGCUCCUGUGGAUUCUAUCUAUCGUAUAGCUUUUGACCAUAUCAACCAUCGAGACGAGCCUCUGGAUUGCCGAGCCUGGGCUUUUCAAGAGAGGCUUAUGGCUAGGAGAUAUCUUUCUUACGGCACCGAUGAGAUGACGUGGAAUUGUCGCAAGCACUCAUUAUGUGAAUGUGGCUGGAAUUCUUCUCAACCUUCACACUUUAAUAAACUCAACCUUGAGCAAAUGUUAGGAUUGUUAUCCCACUGGGGCCUUACAACUCUUUGGAUAAACAGUAUCGUUAUACCAUAUACCCGAAGACGACUCACGGUACAAUCAGAUAAACUUGUGGCCCUCUCAGCGGUGGCUUCUAGGUUUCAGUCCUAUUACGGUGGUUCUUACCUUGCAGGUCUCUGGGAAGAAGACCUUAUAUAUGGACUUCUCUGGAAGACCCGAAGCGGAAAGCCGGAAGAGUUUGAGGCUCCUAGCUGGAGCUGGGUUUCUGUUAACAGUGAUUGUUUCUCCUACAACAUGUGGGCAAAAUAUAGCACGGCCCUGGCUAAAGUUGGGCGCACUUCAGUGAAAUUAUCGACAAAAAAUAUAUACGGUCCGGUUUCCGGUGGAUCUAUUCAACUUCGUGGUAGGGCAGUACAAGCGAAACUUUGUAUCGGCGACGCACCUAACAAUUGGAAUGGACCACUGAGAAGAGCGUGUAAGAUUUGUGGGACCCAAUGGGCUAUUGAUUGCUGGUUGGAUAUGCCACUCGCCCCCUACGGCUCUAUAUUGAACGAUAUCACGGAAAGGGCAGACGUUUCUGCCAGGAGAAUCUAUUUCGUUGAAAAGGAUGUCAUUCCCAAAGCCCCCGCUACUUAUUCGAUUUGGAUACUUCUGAUGGCAGUGAAGGACAUGUUCGGUGAAUAUAAUGGAUUGAUACUUGGUCCCUCGCCGAAACAGCCGGGAUGUUUCGAACGCCUUGGGCUUGCUACUUGGCCCUGGGGAGGUUUACCCUGUAAAUGGGUUGCCGAACACAAAGUCCGCAGAUUUAUCGUAGUUUGAGUACGAUGCUUCGUCGGGGGUAUGCUUGAUGAUAAAUUCAAGGAUGAGAAAUAGAAAAAAGGUCAGACCUAUUUCGUUUAUUUAAUAAAACAUGCGGCAUUGUUAGAGCAGGGUAGGGCUGGCUAGAACCAUAUCAUUAAUAAAACGUGAUAUUUGAUUGUAUCUACCUAUCGAUAAAUGAAUGUCUCU